AUGUUCAUCCAAGACAUCACUAGCCAAUCUUCAAGUUCACACAAAGUGUCCGAGGGCUCUUUUUCCAGCAAGCGCAAGCUAGACGAAGAAAACUCUAACGAAAGCUCGACGGGAGUCGUCUUUUACAGUGCUGGAAACAAAACUUCUGAAGAACCUCAAGUAAAGCGGCCCAAGUAUUUGGCAGAACACAAGCAUCGCCAUGACUUUUUUGCAAGAUUAACUGUCAAUGUCGAUGAGUUCAUAGCAUCUCAUGAUGUUUGGACUGCUUUCUUACAGGAUGUACAUUCUCACCGUCUACAGUCAACUACACCUGCAAAGAAAUCCAGGAGAGUUACAUUCGCUGACUCGCCGGUUUACGUUGACAGACCCUUCAAGAAGUUAGGCUCUACGUGUGAAUUCAAUUACAACGAAUUAGAGAUAGAGACUUAUAGUGGAGUCUUCUUUGAUGAGAUUCCACCAGUGGCACCUCUUCGGACUCCUGGUAGACUUGAAGGAUAUGAUAAAGUUGGAGUUGUGUUCAGAAAGCUUCUGAAAAUUGAAAUUGGGAAAGCUGUUCAACACAGCCGUCCUCAGUUCUUGUUUGACAUGCUAGGUAUCGAGCAACCCUUCACAUAUGUGCAAAACCCAUUAUUCGGAAGCUUUCGUUCGGAACCUCAAUACUAUCGUCUUGAUUCAGACGGCGAGGAAAAUGGGAUGUGCCCUUACUGCUAUGACAUUGUGUUUCUACCAAAAGAAGAAUACACGAAGCACAUAUGUGAUUGUCAUGGAAUUGACCGUAACGGAAAUCCCAUUACAGUCCCGUCAUAUAUGGGCAGAUACAAAAGUCAUGACAGAGAACAUGCGAAGCUUUACGAAGAGAGAGUUCCUUGUCUUCAUUGCAAAGAGCUAAUUGAAGUCAAUAGAUUAACUCGUUUGUUUCCACUCGAGAAUUACUACAUUCACUGUCGUGAAAAGCAUUGGAAAUAG